AGGUUUACUUUGCUUUUCGUGCUGUGCUGUGCUGUGCUGUGCUGUACCUAUCUCUUCAUUGAGUUUCCCUCCUCCGUCAACAUGUCCGAUCAUCUUUCCGACGAUCUCCCCGCCGCCGCCGCCGCUCUUAGUGCUGAGGAUCGUGCUGGUCUGGUCAAUGCACUCAAGGAUAAGCUUCAGCUCUUGGCUGGGAAGCAUGUGGAUGUUUUGGAGACACUGUCGCCUGAAGUCAGGAAACGCGUUGAGGUUCUCAGAGAUAUUCAGGGUGAGCAUGAUGAGUUGGAGGCUAAGUUUUUAGAGGAGCGAGCGCAAUUGGAAGCUAAGUACCAAAAGCUUUACGAACCACUUUACAAAAAGAGGUAUGAGAUUGUCAAUGGAAUUGUUGAGGUUGAAGGAGUUACAAAUGAAGCAGCAUCGGAAGAAGACAAAGCUGCAGAAGAGAAAGGUGUGCCUAACUUCUGGCUAAAUGCAAUGAAGACAAAUGAAACCCUGGCUGAAGAGAUCACUGAACGUGAUGAGGGGGCCCUCAAGUAUCUUCAAGAUAUCAAGUGGUGUAAAGUUGACGAACCUAAGGGCUUCAAGCUGGAUUUUUACUUUGAUUCUAAUCCUUAUUUCAAAAAUUCUGUGCUAACAAAAACAUAUCACAUGAUUGACGAGGAAGACCCUAUAUUAGAGAAAGCAAUAGGAACGGAAAUUGAGUGGCAUCCAGGAAAGUGCUUGACACAAAAGAUUCUUAAGAAGAAGCCGAAGAAAGGAUCAAAGAAUACCAAACCCAUCACAAAAACAGAAAAGUGUGAAAGUUUCUUCAACUUUUUCAACCCUCCCCAGGUCCCUGAGGAUGAUGAUGAUAUUGAUGAUGACGCUGUUGAAGAGCUCCAGAAUCUGAUGGAACAUGAUUAUGACAUUGGUUCUACAAUCCGGGACAAAAUUAUUCCUCAUGCUGUGUCAUGGUUCACGGGGGAGGCUGAGCAGAGUGAUUUUGAGGAUAUUGAAGAAGAUGAUGAAGAUGGUGAUGAAGAUGAAGAUGAAGAUGAUGAUGAUGAUGAAGAGGAAGAGGAUGACGAUGACGAUGAUGAGGAUGACGAGGAAGGGGAAGGGAAGAGCAAGAGUAAGAGCGGUAGCAAGGCCCGACCUGGUAAAGAUCAGCCAACGGAACGCCCUCCUGAAUGCAAGCAGCAGUAGUGUUUAGUUGCAUGCUACAUACCUGCAUAUAUUUAGUGUUAGCGGAGCAAGUACUAUAUAGGGUCUGUGUGUUAUUUCAGUCAUAACUGCAAUUCAAAAUCAUCGUUGUCUGGUAUUUUUCUUUUGUGGGUUAAUUUUUGGGUCUCUGCAUGGGUUUUCUUGGGGUUUGCCUUGUGAUGUGGAUUUCAUCCCUCUCUAUGGUUUUUUUCAUUUCUUUUUUAUUGAAAGUUACUUCUCCA